UAUAAUGCAAUAAGUAUAAACUAAAGACAGGGAAAAAAUUGAGCUUUUCUUUUCUGCUAGAGGUCUAGCUAAUAAAGAUGUUUUAUCAGAUAGUGAUCCAUAAUUAUAUGUAUAUUUAACGGAAGGGAAGUAAGGGAUAGAAAAAUUAAUUGUGAAAACUGAGGUUAAAAAAAACAACCUUAAUCCAGAUUGGAAAGUAUUUUAAUUUAUUUACCUUUAGGUAUCUGUUGUUUUAGACUUUAUCUUUGAGGUAAACCAGUAUCUACGAUUUUAAGUUGUAGAUAGUGAUGGAAAUGAUAUCAAGGACGAUGACAUAAUUGGUACAUUAAAUGUAAUUUAUUUUUUUAUUUUAGAGCACAGUGGGAGAGAUUAUGGGAUCUAGAAAUUAAAUAUUUAUAGGUCAACUUUCACAUAAAAAUAAAUCAACAGGAAAGCUAUUAGUAAAAGCAGACAAAAGAUAAGAACUUGGAGGAACAAAUUAAUUAAUCUAUUGGUAAUGGUAUGGAAAAAAAAUAAAAAAUAUGGAUGGAUGGUUUGGUGUUUCAGACCCUUAUCUAAGAUUUUUUAAAUGGCACAAAAAUUCUGAUUGGUUAAUGGUACAUGAAACGGAAUUUAUAAAAGAUAAUGAAAACCCCGUAUGGAAAGGAUUUGAAAUAUCUCAUGAUAAAUUGCAUGAUGAAAAUCCAUAAUAACCUAUAAAAAUAGAGCUUUGGGAUAAUGAAAAAGAUGGAAAACAUUAAUUAAUAGGAUAUGUUGAAGUUACUAUUGAAUAAAUAUUUUUUAAAGAGAUACAUGAAUUUUAAGUGAAAACUCCUAAAGGGGUAUUUAUUUAUAAAAAUAAUUAAUUUAGGAAUUUGGUGGAACUAUUGGAAUAAAAAGCUUUUAAAAGCCAUCUUUUAUUGAUUAUUUGAAAGGUGGUGAAUAAAUUAAUCUUUAAAUAGCAAUCGAUUUUACAGGAUCAAAUGGACAUCCUGGAAGUUAAAGUUCAUUGCAUUAUAAUACUCCAAAUCAAUUAAAUCAAUAUUAAAAUGCAUUGAAUUAAGUAGCUGAAAUAUUACUGAAUUAUGAUUAUGAUAAAAAAGUACCAGUUUAUGGUUUUGGUGGUAUUCCUAAUCUUCCAAAUUACAAUAAGAGUUCAACAGAUGAUUGGUACUGUUUAAUAUUAUUUAAGUUUUCCAUUAAAUGGAAAUAAAAAGGAUCCAGAAGUUUAUGGAUUGGAAGGAAUAAUGUAUGUUUAUAAAUAAGCUUUAAAUCAUAUAUCAUUAAGUGGUCCAACAGUUUUUGCUCCUGUUAUAGAAAAUGCAAUAGAAAUUGCUGAAAAGAAUAAAAAAAAAGAUAUUUAUAAUGUUUUAUUAAUUAUGACAGAUGGUUAAAUCGAUGAUAUGGAUGAAUGUAUAAAGUUGGUAAAAACAGCAGCUAAACUUCCAUUAUCUAUAAUUAUUGUAGGAGUUGGAAAUGCUAAUUUUAAAAUGAUGGAAGAAUUAGAUGGAGAUGGUCCAUAAUAUUAAGAUUGUUUAAGAGAUGUUGUUCAAUUUGUUCCAUUUUUAAAAUUCUCUGGAUAGCCUGGUGCACUAGCUUAAGAAUUGCUAUCAGAAUUACCAGAUUAAUUAAUUUAGUAUAAAUAAUUAAUGGGAAAGAGUCCAAAUCCUGCCUAAUAAAUUGAUUUAAGUAAAUUACCAUGA